AUGGACUCAUCCACCUCGUCUGCCAGCACAAAAUCCUCAAUCUCGACACAAACGAGUACAUCUACUUCAAGCUCACUGAAAAAGAAGGAGUCCGCGGGAGGCAAAUUCAACCUGUAUGGCGAUGACUGGGAGGACUCAGUUGACUUUGCCAUCAAGUCGUUCGAAGACCUGCCCCACCGAUUGUUUGGUGUCAACCAGCACAUGAUCAUCAAUUACGAACUCAAAGAAGCAUUGAGAAUAAUGCUUCGACAAUUCAACGCCCCGAUCGUUUACUGUUUUGCGUAUGGAUCGGGGGUGUUCCCGCAGGAAGAUAUAAGUCGCAGCAUUACGGAAGCAGAGUUUCGCGCCGUCCACCCAAAACCACCGGAAGCAUUGGUCAAGGCACAAAAAGGUUCGCCAAAGAUGAUUGACUUUAUCUUUGGUGUCAGUCAUACUCAACACUGGCACUCAAUAAAUAUCCGACAACAUCGAGACCACUACUCAGGAAUCGCAUCUUUAGGGUCUGGCCUUGUGUCAAGGGUGCAAAAUUGGGGAGCCGGCGUAUACUUUAACCCCUUCGUUGAAGUCAACGGCAUGUUGAUAAAAUACGGCGUUACCAGCAUAGACAACUUGGUUAAGGACCUGUCAACCUGGGACAAUCUGUAUCUUGCCGGCCGCCUACAAAAGCCAGUCAAGAUUCUCCGAGAUCACCCUCAGGUCCGCCUCGCAAACCAGCACAACCUCAUUGCUGCAGUUCGCACUGCUCUCCUCCUCUUGCCUCCGCAGUUCACCGAGACCGAUCUGUACAGUACCAUUGCCGGCCUGAGCUAUCUAGGUGAUCCGCGCAUGGCCUUGCCUACCGAAAACAAGAGCAAGGUUGCCAAUAUUGUCAAUAACAACGUCGUACACUUCCGACGACUCUACGCACCGCUCAUCAAGACACUUCCCAACGUGGACUUUACUACGUCCUGCCGCCUCGACGACGAAGAUUGGGUGCUUGACCCCACAGCAGACAGCAUCCUCCAGCAAGACAUGGAUCCCACGAAGCGAGGAAACAUGGUCCGACGGCUGCCCAAGAACUUCCGAUCAAGAUUAUACUUCCAGUAUCAGAAGAAAUUUUCCAUCCCUCGGGACGAGUUCAACCAGAUGAUGGCAGCAACUAGUGAUGAUGAAAGCACGGCCAUCAAACGCAGACGAGGCGGCGAAUUCGAACAACGCAUCGUGUCAGAUGAUCCCAAGGAACUCAGAGAAAUCGUCAGCCAGGUCAUUAAACAGACAGUAAAUUGGCCUAGCACCACUCAAUCUAUAAAGGGUGUCAUCAUGGGAGGAUGGACUAGAACAAUGCGGUAUCUCGGUGAAAAGGUUUCGAAGUGGAGGAAAGGCAAGGCACAGGAAAAGGAAUCCGCCAAAUCAACGCAUCAAGGGAGUAAGGAAAACGACGAAAAGGGCGGGGAGCAGAAAAAGGAAUAA